AUGUAUGCUGAAAGUCUUGUACGAGCUCAAAAUCAACCACAGCAAACAAUAACAAGUCAUAUUAAUGAUUCGAUGACGAUGAUAGAUUUAACCCGUGAUGAUUCUUAUUUAACAACAUCACAAGCUAUUGAAAAUUUGCCUGAACUUGAUGUGGAAGCACAUUACAUUGAUCCUUUAACAUCGAAUGAUCCUGAAGUUCAAAAACUUCUUCGAGUGUUACCCGAUGCUGGUGAUCGUCUUAAAUGGACUUAUGGUGUUGAAGCAUUUCAACAAUGGUGUGCACAACGUAAUAAAUCUAUCUUAAAUCCAUCAGAAAUAAAUACACCUGAAGGUAUACAAUUUUAUUUAAAUUUAAAUAAUCGUCAGAUUGAUUUAUUUGACCCCUGUUAUGUUGAAUUUAAUUCAACAUUAAAUAAAAUUCUGAUAAAUUAUAUGCCGCGUAUUUUAACAGGUUCUAAUUCAUAUGUAUCAUUAAUUGACGAAAACUUAUUAUAUGAUAUACAUCAAUUUGGUACAUUGACACCAUGGUCACUACUAACAACACUUAUUUAUACAAAUUCAAAAUAUUUUAAUUUAAAGACUGUUGACUCACAUAUGGCUAUAUCAUUUUCAAAUUUUGGAAAAUAUUCCCAAUGCGUUCGUUUAUCAACAAAUUCAUCACAAGGACAACAAAUGAAUUAUUUAAGAUUCUAUGCUCAUAAUCCUGGUAACUGUUCGGAACAAGUCCGUGGUGUAGCUGAUGUUUUCUAUUUAUUUCCAAUCGCUGGGCAAAGCCUUGCAAAUUCACUUUGGUUUUCUAAUGAACCAUUAUCAACAGCAAUAAUUGAUCAAAUCCUUAAUCGCCUUAAAAUUUUACCAGAUUUUCAUAAUCAAACAAAACCCGUCGACACUAAUUCAUCAUCGACUGAUAACAAUGUUACAACAGCAACAUCAACAACUAUUAGUUACUUGUUAGUACAUUAA